CUGUACGCAGAAUGUACGUGAGGACGGCACACGUUAGGACCCAGAGCAGUAGCUGAAGCACCAGUGCAGAUUGCCGAGUCAUGGAUGAUCCAAAACACUGAGCUCCCGGCGAGUGGUUACAGCCAGAGGUCACAGUUGUUACUACCACACAGUAGUGUUUUUGGAGCGCUGUUUUAGAUUUUUAACCCCGAAAGCAGAAAAUUAUUUUUGUUGUAAAAAAGCAUACAGUCCUGUGUGAUGGCUGUGCUUGGAAGCUAUUGUGAGGCCAAUGCCUCUAUUUCUGAGGUGUGGAUCCAGUCUGGCCUAUCUCCCUGCUUCUUCUUUACUCUGUUGCCCAUACUCCUCUUGACUGUUUCCCUCCUUUUUGGUACUUUCCACUGCAUUUGCUAUAGAAAGUAUGGAACUGCAAUGGAGCCCAAGUACAUCCCUCGCUCACAGUUAUAUAAAUUACAGCUUGGGUUGUCUGCCAUCUUACAGGUUCAGUUUGUUGGGGGUUUGUUGUGGCAGACAAUAAGCCCUGGUGUGCUCCCUGGAUUUGUCAUCUUGUAUGGCUGCCUUUCAGUUGUUGGAUGGACUUGUGCAAUCAUCUUGCUUCAAGUGGAGAGGAAUCGAGUCAUGAUGCUGGAUCGAACUAGAGGCCACAGUGUUAUACUCUUGCUGUUUUGGAGCUUGGCAUUUGCUGGGGAGAACCUGAGUUUUAUAUCUUGGAGUAGCCCACUGUGGUGGUGGAGUUUGGAAACUACAGUAAAAAAGGUCCAGUUUGGCCUAUGGGUGCUGCGCUACAUCUGUACAGCAUUGUUAUUUGUUCUUGGCCUCUGGGCACCUGGAUUGCCACAAAGGCCUUAUAUGUUGCUGAUCAAUGAAGAUGAACAAGAUAUAGAACAGCCCCUUCUUUCAGGCACAGAAAGCAACCGAUCCACAUGGCAGGAUUUUGGAAAGAAAGUGAAGUUAUUAGUGCCCUACAUGUGGCCAAAGGGUAACAUGUUGCUGCAGGGUCUGGUCAUCCUCUGCUUGUUGUUAUUAGGUGCAGAGAGAGCAAUCAAUAUUUUUGUGCCGGUUUUCUACAAGAACAUUGUUAAUGAGCUGGCAGCUGGAGAAAGUUGGAAUACACUGGCCGUUACAGUCUGCAUCUAUGUGCUUCUGAAAUUUCUCCAAGGAGGAGGAGCAGGUUCUUCUGGCUUUGUUAGUAACAUGCGAACAUUUUUGUGGAUCAGAGUACAGCAGUUCACCAACCGUGAGGUGCAAGUUCAGUUGUUUGCUCACUUGCAUUCGCUUUCUCUUCGUUGGCACCUGGGACGACGCACUGGCGAGGUAUUACGAAGCGUUGACCGGGGCACUGCUAGCAUCAACUCACUACUUAGCUACAUUGUUUUCAGCAUCUUUCCCACAAUAGCAGAUAUUAUCAUUGCAAUCAUCUAUUUCAGCACAUUUUUUAAUGCCUGGUUUGGGCUGAUUGUGUUUGUCUGCAUGGCCCUGUACUUAACUCUGACAAUUAUUAUCACAGAGUGGAGGACCAAGUACAGACGAGACAUGAAUUCGAUGGACAAUGAUGCCAAAUCUAAAGCAGUUGAUUCUCUACUCAAUUUUGAAACGGUUAAAUAUUACAAUGCUGAAGCUUAUGAAGUUUCCAGGUUCAACAGUGCCAUUCUGAAGUAUCAGGUCUCAGAAUGGAAAGUAAAUGCUUCCCUGGCUCUGCUGAAUCAAACUCAGAACCUCAUUAUUGGUUCUGGGCUGCUUGCUGGGUCAAUGCUGUGUGCCUACUUUGUCACUGAAAACAAAUUUCAGAUUGGUGACUAUGUUCUUUUUGGUACGUACAUAGUUCAACUUUACACACCUCUUAACUGGUUUGGUACCUACUAUAGAAUGAUCCAGAGUUCAUUUAUUGAUAUGGAGAACAUGUUUGAACUCUUUACGGAAGAACAGGAGGUUAGAGAUGACCCCGAUGCUGGUAAUCUGCUUUUUAAACUGGGAAAGGUGGAAUUUGAAAAUGUUCACUUUAACUAUGUAAAUGGCAAAGAAAUUCUGAAGGAUGUAUCUUUCACAGUUAUGCCUGGUCAAACUGUAGCCCUUGUUGGUCCAUCAGGUUCAGGAAAAAGCACUAUUAUCCGUCUUCUUUUCCGUUUUUAUGACAUACAAGGAGGAUGCAUUAGAAUUGAUGGUCAGGAUAUCGCGAAGGUAAAGCAGUCGUCCUUACGUUCUCAUAUUGGAGUGGUGCCUCAAGACACUGUGCUCUUUAAUAACACAAUUCGGGAUAAUAUCCGCUAUGGACGUGUCACAGCAACUGAUGAGGAAGUGGAAGAGGCAGCACAGGCUGCAGACAUUCAUGAUAAGAUUAUGACCUUUCCAGAUGGUUAUGACACUGCAGUUGGUGAAAGAGGUUUAAAACUGAGUGGUGGAGAAAAGCAAAGAGUUGCUAUUGCCCGGACCAUUCUUAAAGCUCCUCAAAUUAUACUGCUGGAUGAGGCCACUUCUGCACUCGAUACACAAACAGAAAGGAACAUCCAGUCUUCUCUCUCUACAGUUUGUGCGAAUAGGACUACUAUUGUUGUUGCUCACAGACUGUCAACAAUUAUUAAUGCUGAUCAGAUCCUGGUAAUUAAAGAGGGUCGGAUUGCUGAACGUGGAAGACAUGAUGAAUUGCUUUCCAAAGGUGGGCUUUAUGCAGAUAUGUGGAUGAAGCAACAACAGGGCCAGGACACAGAUUCGGCAUCUGACACAGAAGUUAAGGAUAAGAGUACAGAGAAGCUUCAACCGGUUUCCCACAGACAUCACAAAAGCCACUAGGGCCAGCAUUCAGCUAUGUAAAGCUUAGAUUCACGGCUAUUGUUUUUAUGAGCCACAUUAUUGUCCAGUGGAAUUUGACAGCAAAUCAUUCAGUUGCUGAAACCAUUUUCCUGUGUUAUCCAGCUGGACCAGAUGGUGCAGCAUCGCGUCCACAUUUAAAAAAUGUUUUGGGAUUUUCUUUCUUUUGUCUCUUCUCAGAUUUAGGGAGAAAUAACAAAUUCAGUCAUGCACAGUGGAAAUUGGGUGCCUAAUGGAAACAAAGUAAUUGUAAAGAGAGAAGAUCAGCCUCUUUAUUAUUUAUUGGGUUUAAGGAUUUUAUUUCUUUCAGGUUGGGAGUAGGUGUAUGGAGUAAAACUUGGUUGUUCAUCAUUAUUCAGGGGUCUUUGGGAACCAGAGACCAUCUUUAGGUUGAUUGAAGAUAUUUAUGGAAAUUUUUUUUUUUUUUUUAGAGUUGUACUUUUAUUGUGUUCAUUUUUAUAUAUAAGCUAAACUUCAUGGCAAACAGCAAUAUUUGCACUAUCUAAGUUGAACACUGAGUACAAAUCAUAGACCACACAGUCAACUAUUUUUGUUUUGCUUUUCUAUAAAUUCUGCUCUGUUAGUGAGGUGCCAUAUAAUUUUCAGACAGAUUUUGUAAACAUAUAAUUAAACAUGACUUCUAAAGUUAGUCUAGAAUUUAAAAUUGUAACAUUGGGAAUAAUUGUAUAGAGAACCCCAAAAAAUAUACAGAUAUUUUAUUUUGAAACCCUCAACUGCUUAAAAUAAUAAAAUAGGAUAUUACAAUGCAGAAUGCACAAUUGUACUUUUGCUGUGUGUUAUAAUUGUAAAAAAUACAUUUUGUUAGAUGCAAAAUGAUGUUGGGCAUUUUGAAAUAAGUUAUAAAAAUGUGUUUGCCAUUUUUUAAAUAGCUGUAUUUAUUAGAAUGGCAUAUUCUCUGUGUGUAUUGUAAGUUUUCAAAAUUUAUCAUAUAUUUAUUUCUUCAGAUUUUAGAUGGUGCAGUCAAAAGACUAUUCCAUUGGUUUCAGUAUGUUUUAAACAUCUGGCGAAAGAAAGAAUGUAAGAAUAUUUUUUCUGUUUUUUCUUUUUUUUAUUAAGACAACAUGCUUUAAGUUUUUGCAAUAUUUUAAUCUUACUACAUGCAACAAGUUUUCAAGUUUAAUAUCUGUAAUAAUAGUCAUGUAAAAACAAGGUGCUACAACAUCAGUAACACUAGAAAUUGAUUGGCCAUAGCAUUUCUUCUUAGGAUCGGGCAACACUGUUGUUAUAUAACGCUACAUGGUCAAAAUUAACCAUUUGUUUAAUUGGGCAGAACAGAUUAGUAUUUGUAAUUUUGUGUUCUCCCUUUGUUGUUUUUUUUUUUACCUUAUACUCUUUUUAAGAAAUGCUGUUAAGGUUUCCUCUUUAACAUGACAACUAAAACCCCAGUCUUAGGUCAUUCCAUUGAUCAUUUCAACUUACAACCACUUUUCUACAAACUUGCUACAUUUUUCUUUCUCCAGUGAAAAGCUCUUUUCUACUAAUGGACUCUGUAUUUUGUAAGCCUGCUUACUCACGGGGUAUUAUGUUUGGGGUAAGAGGCAGCCUCAGAUUCCAGAAACAAGUCCCAGUUGCUUAGAUCAUCAUAGUUUAAACAAAUUACAGGGCAGCACCACAAGCUUCAUGUUCCUACUGUUCACAUCUAUGGUGCUUAUCAGAACCAUGCUCUUAUAAAGCCAUUUAGGUAUUGAAAGUAUACAGUUGUGAUACAGAACAGGAGAUAUGGCAAUAUUGAAUGUUACAUUGAAUUAUAUAAAGAAAUACUAAGGUCUUAUGUAAAACUAUAGCGUCUUCCUGUGGUACACUAGAAGCAAAAAUGGGAAAAUAAAAGGAAUCUUUAAAAUAUGCUAAAAUUGUUUAUUUUAUUAUCAUGAGUAAUGCUUGCUUUAAUUACUUAUAGAAAAAAAAACAAAUAUAUGCCAAGUCUCCACUUGGCUCCACUGCUGUUCAAGGCUAACCCUAACCCUUUCACUUACUACUGCCAGGAAAACUAUACCACCCAAUAAUCUAAA